AUGUCGACCUCAUCACCAGUACCGCGUUUCGGCUCGCCCGGCGGUACGUCUAGCUCAGCGCUCCUUCUCGGCCGCCAGUUCAAGCAAAUGCAAAGCGACAAGGACAUUCCCGGCAUCAGCUGCGGCCUGGUCAACAACAGCGUCUUUGAGUGGGAGGUCAUGCUCAUGCUGCCCGACGAAAGCGGCGGUCUCUACGGCGGUGGCUGUUUCAGAAGCUUGCUGCACUUUCCCUCAGAGUACCCACACAUGCCGCCCAAGAUGAAGUUUGUCACGCCCAUCUGGCACCCGAACAGUGACGGCGAGGUCUGCAUCUCCAUCCUGCAUCCUCCGGAAGAGGACAAGUACGGCUACGAAUCCGCCGCCGAACGCUGGUCGCCCGUCCAAACCCCCGAGACCAUCCUGCUCUCUGUCAUCAGCAUGCUCUCAUCACCCAACGACGAAUCUCCCGCAAACAUCGAGGCCGGCAAACAGUGGCGCGAGGAUCCGGCUGCUUUUAAGAAGAAGGUCAGAAAGUGCGUCAGAGACUCUCAAGAAAGUGCUUGGGAUUAG